CGCAUCUCGUCCAAUAGCAGCCUGAGCUUCGUGCGUGACGUCCUGUGUUGUGAUGACGUGGGAGCGGCGGUAACGGAAAAAGAAGUAGAGCUAGUGAGUGAGUGUGGGUGACCGAGUGUCAGAGACAGGACUGCGGCCGCUCGCAGCGCCCCCUCCUCUUCUGAGCUGCCCGUCCUUUAUGGGCAGCCUGCUCUGCAAGCAGCGCAGCGGCCACACAGCGGAGAGCAGCCGGAGGAGGAAGCAGCAGCGCGGGGACUGCCUGCUCCGGGGACCCUGCAUGCUCUGUUUCAUCGUGCACAGCAACCCCAGGGAGACCCCGAGCAGCGAGCAGGCAUCCCCAGACCUGCCGGCGGCCCGCACCGCUGCCCAGGACUGCGCCCGCCUGCUGCUGCUGUGCCCUGCGGAGCUGAGUGCCUGGCAGGAGAGGAGCCUUCUGUGCGCAGGAUUCACCAGGGGAGCUGAGUUCCGCACCGUCACCUCCCCGCAGCCCGGCGGCGCUGCUCUGGCUGCCGACAUGGUGUGCAAGCGGAAGAACUGCGGUGGGAGCCAGAAACCCCGCACCCCGUGCAAGCUCCCCCGCUGUGCCCCAGAUGGGGGCCUCUCUGACAGUGGAGUAGGGAGGCAGGAGCAUGUGCUCCCCUUUUCUGGAGGUCUCCCCCACACAUUAGAAGACGAGCAAGCACCCCACUUUUCUGGGGAUCAGACACCGCUGUGUUUAAAGGAAGAGCAGUGUACUGGGCAUCCUGAACCCCCCUCCUCAAAGGAGCCUUUAUACCAGCUUACUGGGGAUCCAGCACGCCCUUCAUCAGAGGGCCCUCUGUGCCAUCCUGCUGGAGAUCCAGCACCCCCUUCAUCAGAGGAGCCCCUAAACCAGAGCACUGUGGAACCUGCCCCCUCCUGCUCCCAGGAGCCUGUAUACCAUAGUUCUGGGGAUUCUAUACCCACCAGCUUAGUGGGGACUCUGUGCCAUCCUACUGGACAUACUGGAACCCCUUGCUCGGAGGAGCCUGAAUACCAUGUCCUUGGGGAUGCUACAGCUCCCUGCUCAGACCAUCCUGCUGUGGACCCAAAACCUUCCUGCUCAGAGGGGCAUAUAUACCAUCUUUCUGCUAAUGCUAUUGUACCCUGCACAGAGGAACUUAACCACCAGCUUACUAGGGAUCUAGCUACAUCCUCACCAGAGGACAAGACCCAAGACCUGACCUCGGAGCAUUUACAGCCCAACACCUUGCAACCAGGACAUCCGCUAUCUGUUGAGCCAGAACCUCAAAAUGACCAGGUCUUUGGUUGCUCCUCUUCAUGCUUGGACUCUGCUUCCUACUUGCAUCCUGCACAUUCACAGGUUCAACCACAAUGUCCAAGCUUCUGCAUCAGGGAAGCUGAUCCUGAAAACCACAAGGUGGAGGCUGAUGUGGCUUUUCCUUGUGAACAGUUUCAUAUUAAUCAGCUUCCUCCAUCCUUGUUGCUGAAGAUCUUUUCUCACUUAUCAAUGACUGAGCGCUGCCUCUCUGCAUCUCUUGUCUGUAAAUACUGGCAUGACCUUUGCUUAGACUUUCAAUUUUGGAAACAGUUGGAUCUCAGCAGUCGUGAGCAGGUGAAAGACGACUUACUAGAAAGAAUUGCUUCCAGAUGUUGUAGGAUUUCAGAAUUGAACAUUUCAGACUGUCUAAAUGUGACCGAUGUCGGGAUCUGCAUCUUUGCCCUCAAGUGUUCAGUCCUGGUGAAAUAUACUGCCUACCGUUGCAAGCAGCUGUCUGACUUGUCGCUCAUCUCCCUGGCCACACAUUGCCCCUCUCUACAAAAAGUUCAUGUUGGGAAUCAGGACCGGCUCACAGAUGAGGCACUUAAACAGAUUGGUUCCAGGUGCAGAGAUUUGAGAGAUAUACAUUUCGGACAGUGCUACAAGAUCUCUGAUGAGGGGAUGAUCGUUAUAGCCAAAGGAUGUCCAAAGCUGCGGAAAAUUUACAUGCAAGAAAACAAAUUAGUGUCCGAUAAGUCUGUGGAAGCCUUUGCUGAACACUGUCCAGAACUGCAAUAUGUUGGAUUCAUGGGCUGCGCUGUUACUUCUAAAGGAGUUAUACGUCUUACCAAUCUUAAAAACCUUUCCAGCCUUGACUUGCGUCACAUCAAUGAACUGGACAAUGAGACUGUGAUGGAGAUUGUAAAGAAGUGCCGAAAUCUCACGUCUCUGAAUCUUUGCCUGAACAGGAAUAUUGAUGACAGAUGUGUUGAAGUCAUCGCAAAGGAAGGCCGAAGCCUGAAAGAGCUGUACUUAGUAACUUGCAAGAUCACAGAUCACGCUUUGAUAGCCAUUGGUCGAUACAGCAUGUCCAUAGAAACGGUGGAUGUUGGAUGGUGUAAGGAGAUUACAGAUAAAGGAGCCACAUUGAUUGCACAAAGCAGCAAAUCCAUUCGGUAUCUGGGCUUGAUGAGAUGUGAUCAGGUGAAUGAAUCCACCGUGGAACAGCUGGUCCAGCAGUAUCCCCACAUUACUUUUAGCACUGUCCUUCAGGAUUGCAAGAGGACUUUGGAACGGGCUUAUCAGAUGGGCUGGACACCGAAUGCAUCAUCUAUCUCAUAACUCAGUGGAAAACAAAUUAUUUAUUAAGCAGUUGUCAUGGAAAUUGCUGUCACCAGCAAAGUCUACAAAGCAUUAUUAUUUUUUUCCCAAAUAUUCUUGUUCUUUUCAAAGUGGCACUGCUUGGUAGAACCUGGGUGGCUUGUAAAGGAUGUUUUAUGGAAGCGUUACAUUUUGUGAGACGUAUAUUUCACAAGGUGCUUGGCUCCUGAGAUUUUAGCUGCGCUUGGUUGCUGUUAGAAUGGAUUGAUAUAAUAUGUGUGAAAAGUGAUUGUAACUUGUUCUGAAAUUGUGCUAUAAGAGCAUGCCACUUCUAGUACCAUCAAAUUCUCACUCUUCCAUAUUAUUUCUAGAGAAAUGAACUUUGUGUAUUGAGAAGUAGAUUUGUAGGAUUCAUUUUCACUUUCAUUUUUAUUUCUUGAUGAUUAUCUGUACCAAACUAUUCUUUAAGUAACAUAUAACACACUUCCGCAGCAAAGACAAGUUUAUGACUUCAAGGGAUAUUUGUGCACUAAACUUUGCUGCCAUAAAUUUUUGUUUUAUUCUUAAUUUUUUGGGUUACCUAUUACUUUACAUUAUAAACUCGUUUCACAAA